GAAACCCUAAACCCUAAUUACAUACUCGAAAAACCCUAUCUUGCUUACGCUGUUGCAGACGCAAAGAGAGAAGAAGAAGAAGAAGAAGAAGAAUGGGAAGAUCACGAAGAAAGUACAAACAAUCUCGCCCAAAGGUACGUGUGGGUCUUCCAAAGAAGAAUCCUAAAGUUCUGAAACCCGCUUUCACUAUUCCUCCCAAACUGUUACAAUCCCUUGCAGAAGAUCCUAAAUGGGACGAUAAAGGCUCCGUCACCCAAAACUAUUCCUCUUUCGGCGUUGUUUCUGAUCCUAACUCCCUUACUGAUUCUCUUAAAAUUCCAUCUGUUGCCGAUGAUAAUGAUCCCGGUAGCGAUCUCGAAGAAGAUGAUUUGAAAUCUGCGUUGGGGAAAAGGAGAAGAGAUGGUAAAAGUUCACUUCCUCAACCUUUGACUUCAAUUCAACGUCUUCAUAUUAGUCGUCUAGUUGAAAAAUAUGGAGAUGAUUUUCAGAAAAUGAUGAUGGAUAUAAAGCUAAACCCUAUGCAGCAUUCAGUUGCAACUUUAGAGAAAUUGUGCUUCAGCUAUUACUUAUAUAAAGACAAGAAUCCGCUCAUUGUUGGUAAAUGAAAUGUUUUGCCUAUGGACAAGUGCAAUGCCAUCAAAUUUACAAUCUGGGCGUGGGUUGUGAGCUGCAUAGGUUGAUCCAUGGAUAGCUUUCUAAAGUUAAUUGGGUCAUAUGAGCAAAAUGUUGUUACAAUGAGGAUGCUUUUUGUUUUGACAAUUUUGAUGUUGCUCAUGUAUUAUCAUUAUAAAAUUUUGCUCCUGCUUUUGAAUUUUGCAUGCAUUUUUGUUGGGAAAGAUGUAGUAUUCUGGUUUCCCAAAUUGUUGCCAAAAAAAAUUAAUAGAUGAAAGUAGAGUUUAUGGAA